AUGCUGCUCCCUAAAGGCGGCGUGACCUGGAAGUCGGCCAAGUCGCGACUCCCGCCUUCGCGGGCGAUAUGGAAUUUCCUGACGCGCACGCGGUUCCUGCUGUUUGUUGCGAUUACGGGGAUUGUAAUUCUAAUAUGGAAUGGGCUGAGGGGGACGGCGGGGGAGAUGCAGAGAUUCUACUGCUUCGGACCCGCGAAAUCGCCCAUGGAGAUGACCGCAGCUGAGCAGGCGCGAUGGGCCGGCCACCUUCAGACCCCUGUGAUCUUCAACCACCAUACACCGCUCGAAGUCAACAGCUCGAGCAUAGAACGAAUAGACCUCAACCCCAUCGGGUCCACCACCAAACCGCUGGUCAACGAGGAGCGAGUCCUCAUCCUCACGCCUUUACGCAACGCCGCGCCGUACAUAGAACAGCAUUUCGACCUGCUCACGCAGCUCACGUACCCGCAUAAUCUGAUCGAUCUGGCGUUCUUGGUUGGAGACAGCGAGGAUGACACGCUGGCGAAGCUGGCGAUGGAGUUGGAGAGGGUGCAGUCGAGGACCGAUAGCAUUCCUUUCAGGAGUGCGAAGAUAGUUCAGAAAGACUUUGGAGUGACGUUGAGUCAGGAUGUGGAAGACAGGCAUAGCUUCGCGGCGCAAGGACCGAGGAGGAAAGCGAUGGGCAGGGCGAGGAAUUACUUGCUGUCUGCAGCCAUGCAGCCGGAGCACAGCUGGGUGUAUUGGCGGGAUGUCGAUAUCAAGGACAGCCCGAAGAAGAUCAUUGAGGAUUUCAUUGCGCAUGAUCGGGAUAUCCUGGUGCCGAAUGUGUGGUUCCACCGCUACGUAGACGGCAAGGACAUCGAGGGCCGCUUCGACUACAACUCGUGGCAGGAGUCAGAUACCGGUCGAAGACUGGCCGCAUCGCUGGACAAGAACAUCGUCUUGGCGGAAGGAUACCAUGAAUACCAGACCGACCGGGUGUACAUGGCUCGCAUGGGCGACUGGCGACAUAACAAAGAUCAGGAGAUACCACUUGACGGCAUCGGCGGUGUCAACAUCCUCGUCAAGGCGGAUGUCCACCGGUCCGGCAUCAACUUCCCCUGCUACGCCUUCGAGAACCAAGCCGAGACCGAGGGCUUCGCGGCCAUGGCCAAGCGCGCCGGCUACGGCGUCUACGGUCUUCCUAAUUAUGUCGUCUGGCACAUUGACACGGACGAGAAGCCCGGGAAUGCUUGA